CUCAACACCACUCAGCUUAUCGUUACUAGAUUGUGUUUUUCGUUUUCUGGGUCUCAUCCGAAAUUUUGAUUGCCCAUAACAAGUCGGAAACUCCUGUCCACAUCCACAUCCGUCUCGCUUUCACCGAAGUUGUCAAACUAUUCGUUGCAUUCGUUCUAUACUUCUCGAGACAAAAUUACUUCUGCUACGGUUCUUGCGGACAUGACAACGAAGAUCAGCCUUUGAGCAAUAUUAAUAUCCCACUCGAGGGCAGUCACGAGUCUUUUACUCCCAGGAUGGCCCGACUCACUGAGCUGACACAAAGACUCUAUCCUCGGUUAAGGCCUGACUGGCCGAGUCUUUGUGGCAUGCGCUCGACUUUGUCCAUUCUUGGCAUUUCCACACUGUACGCGAUUCGGGCCUAUGUGAUUUCUAAAAGUAGAGAACACAUCGAUCGACUCGCGCCAUACCUCGUAAUCCCCGCGGCGAGUCUCUGCUCGCUAUUUGUGCUGUACGCGUUCUUUUGCAGAACGUAUACUCCACAACUGUGGUACGCUGCUCUUUUACAGUUUUGCGGGGCAUUCAUCGUUCGGAGCGGUCUCAUUAACCGGUCGAUUGAUUUGCAAUACCUCUCAUUGUUGGCCUCUGCGCUCAGCAUUUCGUUAUCUGAUACCUUGGUUGAUAUUGUCUACAAAUCACACCAUCCAUCAUUUUUCGAUGCUGUCAACUUGAUCAUUUUCGCUGUCGGCUGUAUUGCCCAUUUAUCGGUCUAUAUUUUCAGCGUGGCCUUCCUUGGCACUAGAAGUCGUAGUUUUGGAUCGCACGCGGAUCUAAUUGCAUUGGCUCUGUCAUGUUUAUCAGAGGCCGGUCGAGACAUAUCGGCACUCUAUGUUAUAUAUUAUUACGAUGUCAUUCUAGAAAGUAUCCUGACUGCGCUGGCCUCGACCGUUGUCUUUUUCUUGCUGACUGCAGGUUUCCUCAACGAGCCAGGUGUGAUCAUAGGAUCUCUUCUCACAUUGACAGCAGCGGGCGUAUAUGUCUUUAAUAUAAGACAGACCACGGAAGAAGAUGUUGGAUCUGAAUGUGUGACUCGGCAUCGCUACCCGGUUGUAUUUGCAGUGGUAUUGGUCGGAUAUCUAUUCUGCGUAUCAUUCGCAAUGUCGCAUGUGAACGAAUGGACAUCACGCGCCCCGAAAUUGCAGUGGGGCUUCACCUCAGGGUUGGAGCCCAAGCCAGGCGAUUGUCACCGCCGGCCUUUAACGUUUCAUUCGCAUAGGAAGACACUAGAAAAUUACGACCACUUCAAUAACAUCCUGCUAAUAGUCUUCUUCAGCCACGCUCGUUAUGGUGCCAACCUAGAUUACCACCGAGAAGUAUAUUCUGAUUAUUUUCCAAAUAUUCUCUACAUCGGACCCGCCUCCCGCGAAGAUUCCGGCUUUGAUCACUCGUACGAUGUCUUUGUAGACUCGUACCAUUCCGAUGAGGAUCUAACUGAUCCGUCAUAUUAUAAGAUGGCAGGACGCAUGGCUCAUCAUAUGUUGUAUACCGCUCUCCAGGAGCAAGACUGUUAUGAUGGGUACCUAUGGGCGCCGUUUGAUACUCUGCUGAAUAUUCCACGAUUGGAGAAGUUUGACCAGGAACUCUUUUGGUACCAUUCACCAUGGGGCCUGCCUGUUUUUAACCCUGCACAGGAUAAUAGCCCCAGCCUCGGCCUGCAUGCUCCCCCUGUCAAUGUAUCACCGGAUCCGUCCAUCAAUCUCACAGAGACCUGGAGGGGAUGGGGAUCUGACUGGUGGUGGGGCGAUCCACAUGUGGGAGUCGGGGUCUGCAUGAAAGCUUUCCGGAAAGUGCCCGUGCACUUGAGAGAACGCCUCGCUGCAUUUACAAAUGGUGAAACGCGCCUCAUUGGAGGUUCUGCAGAUACGAUGUACAUCCCAGGGCGGCACCGCAGGAUAUUCAUGGAAGUAUUGAGCCUGUUCCUUGAAACGACUUGCUUCCUCGAGAUUGCUGCACCCACAACACUGCACUUGGUCGCGCCUCGCCAUGAGCCCAUUCUCUUUGUGGACCAUUGGUGGAUAUAUCAGCCGCCAUUCAAUGCGUCUUUUGUGAGGCAAAAGUGGGAGGUGGGAUACGAGGUGGGUACGUUCCAUACUUUCCAUUGGGGUGAGCACGAUGGAGAUAAUGUGUGGAGGGCCAACUACGAGAACGUUGUGGAUAUUCGACGUCUGUUGAGGGAGUCGGCGGAGAGACAGCGAAUUGUUUUCCCUGUUAGGUGAGGUGCUUUGUUGAAUCAUGGGUUCACACUAAUAGCGACAUAGAAAUGAGACGCUAGCCAGAUAGAUUGGGCGGCGUGCUCUUUGUGCCUCCUUCGAUUAGUCUGUUGGACCAUAACGGAAUGACUGGUUAGAUCAUAUACCUUUUUUUGGUGGAACGAUGAUAUCAACUCU